AUGAGGGAAACCGAGAAGAUUUUUAAUCACACAGGAAAUUCAGUGGUUGUUGGAUUUCAAAUAUUGAACGAUUUGUCAGAAGUUUGGAUUAACUUCAAGACAGCUAUUCAAUCACUCUGUCCUAGUGGUGUAGUAGACGUUGUCGCUAGCGAUGGCGCUGUAACAGUCAAGGAUACGGCGAGAAUCGCCACCUUGUUCGAGACGCCCCCUCCCACCGUCGCAGAAGACAUUUAUCAUAUUGAAAAGACUUUUCAUUCGGAUGUCAUCUUCGAACGAAUUCUUUUCGUAAAUGCGAUUGAAGAUGCCACAAGAAUGGCGACCCCGAUGAUUGACUCGCAUUGA